AUGGCGCAGAUUACGAGACGCAAGGAGCCUGAGAAGUCUCCAGGAAUACAUUGGCUAUGUCUCGCUCUACUCAGCACUCUACCUUUAUGUCUUGCAACGACAGAAGAUGAUGCCUGUCAUGUCUGCGAGUGUGACAGUUUUAAGAAAAUUGUAAACUGCAGUGGAAAAGGUCUGAAAUCGCUGCCAAACGGAAUACCACAGGACACAACCUUGCUGUAUUUCAAGAACAAUCAGAUAUCUGUCAUCGAGCCAGGAGCUUUUAGCGGCCUUACCAGCUUAAUCCGCCUGGAUCUGUCAAAGAAUAGGCUGAUGGAGUUGACUCCAGACAUGAUGAAAGGUGUCGGUGGAUCUGUCAUUGGAAACGUCGAAAACAAUGAGUUGUUGGAGAUUCCCUCCAGGCUCUUCUAUCGUCCAGGCCGAGAACAUCACGUACUGAAUCUGCAAGUCUGGGAUUUCAGUGGAAACAAAAUUCAACAUGUGGCUGCCGAUGCAUUAUUCGGAGUGAAAGGCGUACAAGAGGUAUUUCUAAGUUCCAACAACAUUGCAUCUCUGCCCGAAGACCUGUUUGCCAACGUUACUGUGUUCGGAACCCUAGAUCUGUCUUCAAACGAUCUGUCAAGCAUCCCGGAUGGACUUUUGCGUUUUCAGCGGAAACUUCGAACUCUGUAUCUCCACCAAAACUUCAUUAGAGUUCUCAGAAGGGAGAUGUUUGUUGGACUUCAGAACUUAAGGACUUUAAUGAUUGCUGACAACCCAAUAACUGAAAUUGAUGAGCGAGUGUUUUUUGAUACGCAGCUAGUAAACCUUUACUUGUUCAACGCGGAGUUGCGUUCAAUUGGAGCCAGGCCGUUUAUGACGAGAACCAAUUCGCUUCUGCUUGUAUCUCUUUACGGUAACGACGUCGAAGUUAUUGCUGAUUCGGUUUGGCAAGAUUUAGGACCUCGCUGCAACGUAUCCAUUGGCAACACACUCAGGAGAGUUCCUUUCACCAGGUCUGACCUCAAUAUAAAUUUGGUCGGGACUGAUUUUGUUCAAACACUUUCCGUGACGAAGCCGGAACGAGAUUUAUUGAUUCGAGCCGGAUUCAGCUGUGAAAAAACAGGAGAUAGAACAUAUCAGUGCACUACGUGUCAUCAGGGAACCUACGGAGGAGCCCCCGAGGAUUGUACACCCUGUCCAUCAGGAGGUUUUUUUCAAAACCGAACAGGACAAGUUGUGAAGAGAGGAGCAGACCUCAAUUGUUUUUUCUGCAAUAAUGGCACAUACGUUCCACCAGAAGCUCACCCUGGUAAAACCAUCGGAGAUUGCGUGGUGUGUCCAUCAGGCACGGAUACAAGCCGCCACGCAGGAUUCCGCGCGUGUCCCUGUGUGUCGAAUUACUACCGUAAAGAUCGGUUUGGUGAAUGCUUCGCCUGUCCGUUGCAAGGAACUGACUGUUCGGAAGAAUAUCAACAUCUUCUGCCAGGAUUCUGGUGGACUUGGGACUGGGGCUCGGUCGACAACUAUCAAUCCUACGAGAAAUAUGUACAAAAUAUCCUCAUACAUAACGAGAGCUACGACGAAAGCACGGUAAGGUUUAAUGGUGCCUUGCCAAAAGUUCAUCCAUGUCCAAGAAAAGAAUCGUGUCAGAAUGGGGGUGACGGAAUAAAUGCUACAUGUGAAUUUGGUUAUGAGGAUUUCUUGUGCUCUCAGUGCAUUGCCAACUACUAUUCUUGGUUUAACAGAUGCUUUGAAUGUCCCAGAUGGUAUGUGUUUCUUUUAGAGAUUGUGGCUGCUCUGGUAGUUAUUGUUGUAAUAAUUAUCAUCGUGAUGUGGGACCUUCGAAGACAUCGGCGUAGAGGGCGUUCUGCCAUCAAUGUGUUGUUCUCCAGAUUCAAGAUCGUACUUGGUUUCUAUCAGAUCAUGGGCGAGAUAUUCGAAGCACUGGAUGGGAUUCAUUGGCCACAGGCACUUACUAACAUUGGUUCAUUUUUCCGAUUGUUAGAGGUGAAUAUUGCGCAAUUGAUCGUUAGCCCUCGAUGCUACUUCCCAAAUUUCACAUACCCAACUAUUUACAUAGAGUUCAUAACUGGUAUGAGCUUUGUUGUCUUUGUAGUGUUGUUGGCACUGAGUGUGUACGGUUGCAGGAAAAGUUACCUGAAAAUGACCAAAUUGUCCAAGGAGGUUUGCAACAAUAUGUUGGCUCAAACUAAACAAACCUGUUACCUGGUGGUGGUUAUUCUUCUGUUUGUCACAUAUCCAAGCGUAUCGAGUGCCAUUUUUACCUUGCUGCCUCCUGGAUGUGACGAGUUCUACCUGGAUGACACCGAUCACUUCAAAGUCCUUCGACUCCGAUCGGACUACUCCAUCGACUGCGAAUCAAAUCAGCAUGUCAGCUACAACUACGCCGCCGAAGUGUCCCUGUGUUAUGUUGUUGGCCUUCCGUUGGCACUGUUCCUCAUGUUGUGGGCAAGUUGUCGAAGCAACAGGGGAUCUGAUCAAUGCUCCUCUGCACCGUCAGAUGAUUGCAAUGCUGGGCAGCCCUUGUGUGACGUUGCAGCUCAAACUGAUCAGCCAGAUAGUUUGAACACCUGUCAUUCAAGAGGUUGUAGUGAGACGGAUCAGUCUGGUUACCAAAACGAAUCUGAUGUUGGUCCUGAGUCAGAUACCGAACUUUUGUGUCACGCCAAUUCUGAAGAGACAAAUACUUCUGAAGGUACCGGUGUGCAAUCUGAAGAUGUUGAACAUGAUGACGUGACAAGUUCAGCUCUCCCCGAGUCGGACCGAGAAAAGACUGACGACAAUAAGAUCACCUGGGUUAGUUUCUUGUGUGAGAACUACAAGGAGCAGUUCUGGUAUUGGGAGAUUGUGGAACUUGCUCGCAAAGUCCUCCAAGUUGUCUUCGUUCUGAUGUUCGGUGCUGAUGAUCAUUUCACGCUCUUUGCUACCAUUGUCUUAUCCGUGGCCUUUCUUAUCGCCCAUGCUUACUUGAAACCAAUGAAGGAUGCGGCAGAGCACCGUCUUCAGAUGUGUUCCCUGACUACCAUCUUCCUGAAUCUGUCGGCAGCAUCUUUGCUUCUGUUACCAAAUGAAGAGAACCAGUCCAACGAUGCAAGAAAGGAAUUUCUGGUCGUCUUCCUGAUUGUUAUCAACCUGAACAUAGUUGCCUUUGUGGCAGGAAGCGCCGUUUGGACCUUAGUGAAGGCUGUAUGGAAGACAUCCUGCUGCAGUCGUGCUUUUGCAUGCAUCGUUGUCAUUGGCCGUCUGAUACCGCACCCAAACCGGUCGCGAUCCCGUAGACCAAUCAACGCAUCGCAUACUGAAGGGAAACGACUCUAA